CGAGAUUAACUUCCACUUCUGCAACCAUGGUGGUUGUAUCUUCCACUUCCCCUUCUCUCAAAUCCAAUUUCACUCCCCAACUCUCCACCGCCGCAAACCACCACCUCAGCAACCCUUCCCGCCACCCCAUUUCUCCGUCUCUGCUAUACCUCGGCCAAAUCUAUGGCGACCCCACGAGACACAGGAAUUCCAAAGCCCCAAGCUCAAGUGGAUUUUUCUCUGUUAAAGCUUAUGUGGACAACCCAAAUUCCAUCUCCAGCUUCGCCAGCAAGGUCAUCGGCUCACUCCCGGUUGUCGGUUUGAUAGCGAGGAUUCUCAGCGACGAAGGAGGCCUCGGCGGAGACACCGUUGAUUUCGCAGAGUUUCGGAGGCGGGUGGGGAAGAAGUGCACUACUGAUGAUUCUAGAGCUUUUUAUGAGUUCCAAGAUCGACGAGGCCGGGCAGGGGAUCCUCUUUAUGUUCUAAUGUGCUGUUGGGUGGCAGCCAUUGGUGCCGGACUUCUGAAAUCCGAAGAGAUUUUAGAAGGGGCGGCGAGGCUGCGUGUUUCAAAUGAUAUCGAAUUCGAAGAGCAGAAUUUCAUUUCCUUGAUCAACGAGGCAAAAGAGAGACGGGCGAAACUAAAGGCUCCUACACCGGUUAUCCCUAUGGAGAUUCGGGUUGAGAAAGCUCUUGAAGGGAUUUACCUCUGUUGCUUCGGGAAGGAUCCUAUCGAAGAAGAAGAUGAGAGACUUCUGAAUGUAAUGCUUAGGGCUGUUUAUCCAUCCGUUGAGCGGUCUGAGCUACAACGGAUUAUUAAGGAAAAGGCACAGAAAGUAUCCGAUGGAAGUACUGAUGGCAGCGUUCGAGAGCCAAAGCCCCUAUCGAAAGAAGCAGUUCAAAUGCAGAUGAAGGACCUCCAAUUCCUUCAACAAAAUAGAGAUAGAGACACUUGAUUCAAGUGCUUCUCCUCACUUGUACCUUGUAAGCAAAGAAAUUCAAGAUUUAAUGAUAGUACAAGUUUAUCAUUUA